UUCUUUUAUAAGUGAUAAUACACAAUUGAUCAAACAUGUUUGAAGGCUUUUACUUGUAGUAACAUAAAUGAACAAUACGGGGCGCUAUAGGGCUCAAGAGCCGGUUUAGGUGUAUUUUCUUCGGUUUCAUGUGCUACAUUGUUCAGGUUCCCCUAUCGUAUACAAACACCAUGGACAAUACAAACACCAUGGACACAGUGGAGAGUGCUAUGCAUAGUUGUUUUAAAACCAAAGUAGGCGAGGUGUUAUUACCGGGUGAUACGUUUUCUUUCGGAUUAGGCGAAACGGACAGUAAACCCUUGAAAGUCAUUUGUGGUCCAGGACUUCGACGAAAUGGAGAUGAGGUGCAUGUGUCCAAAAGCGGAAUUCUGCGACACAAGCAACCAAAUUUGUACUGGAUUGACUCACAGCAAAGACGAUAUGUUCCUGCAAAGGGAGAGACCGUGAUUGGCAUUGUCACUGUCAAGUCGGGUGACAUCUUCAAGGUGGACGUGGGCGGGAGUGAACAAGCAUCGCUGUCCUAUUUGGCAUUUGAAGGGUCCACCAAGCGUAACAGACCCAACGUACAGGUGGGGGAUCUGGUAUACGGCCAGUUUAUCAUCGCUAACAAAGACAUGGAGCCAGAACUGACGUGUAUAGACAGCUGUGGACGAGCCAACGGGAUGGGAGUGUUCGGAGCCGGGGGUCUUAUGUUUAAGGUGUCGCUGGGACUUGUGCGCAGGCUACUGGCGCCGCAGAGCGAAGUGGUCAAAGACCUGGAGAAUCUGUUCCCGUUUGAGCUGGUUGUAGGAAUGAACGGGCGUGUCUGGGUGAAAGCCAAGAGCCUGCAGCAGACCCUGAUCGUCGCCAACCUGCUGGAGAGCUGUGAGAACAUGAGUGCCCUGCAGCGCCAGGCACUGUUCAGAAGGGUCGUCGACCGCGCAUUCUAGUGGAUGCCUCGGGAAAUGACAGCGAUCCGUGGGAACAUUUUUCUCGUUGUGUUUUAUUGGGUUAUUUGGAUCCCGUUCAGAACAAAGAUGUAUGAUAUUGAUCCUAGAUUAAUACGUGAGCCUUUUUUUAUGGCGUAUUUGCGUCACGUUGUUUGACGGACUCAUAACUGAGUAAGGACAUUGUAUCCUACUUCUCUUAACCUCUGGGAGGAUGGUUUUGAAAUCAGAUUAUCGUUUUUGCUCAUAUUUUCAAAGAAAAUAAACAUUUCUACAUAAAUGACUUUUUAAUCAGAAAUCAGAUGGUAAUUUUUAUCUUUCUCUAGGUUCACAAUUGUCCCUUGGGAUAAAGUUUGACUUCUGCAAUUUACUAGAUUGACUCUAAUGUAGUUCUCUUAAUGUCCAAAAGGGGGCAGAACUCUGCCUCAAAAUGAAAAGAGCUAAAAAUGGCAUAUAAUAAACAAUUUACUAGCCUCGACUGUUCGGUCAUUG